AUGUUCAGAAGUAUCAUUAGGCAAAUGUCAUCAUCAUCUCCAUCAACAAUAGGUCCCGUAGAGGCAUCAAUUCUGACAAAAUUGCAAUCUACGUUCCACCCCACAUUUCUCGAAAUUAGAAAUGAUUCCCACAAACAUGCUAAACAUGCGGGAAUGCAAGGUGCUUCAAAUAGAACUGAGUCCCAUUUCUUUAUCAAGAUGCAAAGUGAAGUGUUUAAUGGGAAAAAUUUACCAGCUAGACACCGAUUGGUGUAUAAUCUAUUAGACGAUGAAAUUAAUAAACAAGGUGUACAUGCAUUACAAAUGAAGUUGAAAGGAACCAAUGAAUCUAUACAGUAG